UUUAGCGGCUACGGCACAGCGAGAAAGAUAUUACAUUUUGUCUACUAUACAUAUACUAUUUUUGGUAGUUAACAUGAUAAAGUUUUCAAGAUUAUUCAAUGGAAUACAAAAUCAAAUAAGAUACACAAAAUUGUAUUUGACUGUGCCAUACUCUAAUCAACAUAUACUUGGUAUAGAAACCUCCGCAGAUGACACAGGGUGUGCAAUAGUAAAUAACAAAGGAGAACUCUUAGCAGAAAGUUUGCACUCUCAAAAUUUGAUACAUUUACGGAAUGGAGGCAUUAUUCCUGAUGUUGCCCAAGACUUACACAGGACCUACAUAAAACCAAUUGUGUCGGAAACAUUAAGAAAAGCAACAAUGUCGAUGGAAGAUAUAUCAGCCAUAGCAGUCACUUUAAAACCAGGUCUACCUUUGAGUCUAGUUGUGGGCAUGAAAUACGCAAAACAUUUAGCAAGACGGUUUAACAAACCAAUCAUUCCCAUCCACCACAUGGAAGCCCAUGCACUGACAGCUAGAAUGUAUUACAAUAUACCCUUCCCGUUCUUGGUCUUGUUGAUAUCUGGAGGUCAUUGUCUUCUGGCUGUAGCACAAGAUGUAAACCACUUUCAACUGCUGGGUCAAAGCAUAGACAGUGCGCCCGGAGAAAUAUUUGAUAAAGUAGCAAGAAAAAUGAAGCUAAGGAACAUCUCUGAAUAUUCAAAGAUAAGUGGAGGGAAAGCUAUUGAAUUAGCUGCAUCUAAAGCUACUAACCCACAUAUGUUUAAACUACCAUUACCUCUAGCCGAAUAUAAAGAUUGUAAUUUUAGUUUCAAUGGAUUGAAAACAUCAGUACUUCUGCAACUACAUAGAAAAGAGAAGCAACAUGAAAUUAUAGCAGACAAAUUGAUACCAGAGGUGAAUGAUCUGUGUGCUGCCAUGUUAAUGGCUGCCUCAAGACACUUGAUUCACAGGACACAGAGAGCUAUGGAAUUCUGUGAAAAGAAUAACCUCAUACCGGAAAGCAACAAACAACUCAUUGUAUCUGGUGGUGUAGCUUGUAACAACUAUAUUUUCAAUGCAUUAACAAUGCUGUGUGAUGAAACAAAUUACAAAAUUUACAGGCCUCCACCCAAACUAUGUACUGAUAAUGGUGUAAUGAUUGCAUGGAACGGCUUAGAAAAGUGGCGCAAAGGACUAGACAUAACAACAGAUAUCAAAACACUAGACAUUGAAGCAGUCAGUCCUUUAGAUAUUGCCAUGCGGCGCGCCAGAUGAAGUGCGAUUUCGGAA